GGUGGCGUUAAGACAGAAGGGAAGUCCCUCAACACAGGGCGGUUCCUUGGUCUGCGAGAUACGCUAAGCGGCCAUUUGGAGAGGGGCCAGAUGGGGCGUUUCUUCCGGAGGAGCGGUGGCGGCUGGCCUCCUUUACCACCGCGGUGUUAUUUCUGCCCCCGAAGGCGAAGUCUUGUCUUGUCUUGAACGAGGCUGUCCGCCCGCCGGGAUGGAGCGUUUUGUGGGGCGCCGGGCUCUGGUCACGGGGGCGGGCAAAGGGAUCGGGCGAGCUGUGGCGGUAGCCUUGAGUCGGGCCGGGGCCCAUGUGGUGGCGCUGAGCCGGACACAGGCGGACCUCGACGGCCUGCAGAAAGAGUGCCCUGGAAUUCAGACACUGUGUGUUGAUGUGGGAGACUGGGAGGCCACAGAGGCAGCAUUGAACAAAGUGGACGAUAUCGAUCUACUGGUGAAUAAUGCUGGGAUAGCACUGCUGCAGCCGUUCCUAGAGGUGACCAAGGACGCCUUUGACAGGUCUUUCAGCGUUAACCUUCGGGCUGCCCUGCAGAUCUCCCAGAUUGUUGCCCGGAAGCUGAUUGCUCGAGGAGCUCCAGGUGCAAUAGUGAAUGUCUCAAGCCAGGCCUCGCAGAGGGCUGUGCUAGAUCACACAGUAUACUGUUCCACCAAGAGUGCCUUGGACAUGCUGACCAAAACAAUGGCUCAGGAGCUGGGGCCUCACAAGAUCCGGGUAAACAGUGUGAACCCCACUGUUGUCCUGACUGAGAUGGGACGCCGCAAUUGGAGUGAUCCCCAGAAGGCUGCAGCUAUGACAAGCCGUAUCCCACUGGGGAGGUUUGCAGAGGUGGCUGAUGUGGUGAACAGCAUUCUCUUCCUUCUGAGUGAUCAAAGCAACAUGACAACAGGCGUUGUGCUGCCAGUUGAUGGGGGAUUCCUUGUCAGUUAAAGCACAGCACGUGCUCCAUUCCCUAUGGAAAUGUAUCUCAGCUGGUUAUCUAGCCAUCCUAAAGGAGCUAAAGAGAAUGAUCCACUACCAGGACCUGUGGAAUGAGGAAAGAAUACAGAUCCCCCUCCCUUCCCCUGCUGGACCUAAACAAAUCACAACUUCUUACUUAUGGAGAAAUGUUUAUUGUAUAAAAUAAGAAGUGUUCGGCUCAUCACGCUACACGAUGAUUAAAAACUGGACCUGUCUCCAUCCCAACCCCUCCAAAGCUCUCCCUGCUCCAUCCCCCAAUCCAUCGCAACUGACCAAAGGAAGGGAUUGGCCAUCACCCUCCCACCUGCUUUCUUUUUCAUCUUAGGCUCCUGCCACACAGCCCGGUCCUGCCCAGACUGGGCAAGGUAAAGCAACCACCUUCCUCCUCCCCAUCUCUGGGAGGGCUG